CUCAGCUAAGUCUGAACUCCACCUCCAGGCGGAAUGAAGCUCUACACGGCAGCUCUGCUGUUCCUGCUGCUGGUGGGCAGCCUCUCUCCAGUGCACGGUAUUCUGGAAGCCUUAAACACAAACUUGAAGUGUAGAUGCUCUAGAGACACCUCAAAAUUAAUCCCCCUUUCCCAGAUUGAGAAAAUUGAAGUUAUCCCUCCUGGGAAUGGUUGUCCAAACAAAGAAGUCAUAAUCUUGACAAAGGGGAAGAAAGCUAUAUGCUUGAGACCCCAAAGUAAAAGGGUGAAGGCAAUACUUAACUAUUUACACAGAAAACAUAUACAUUCAACUCCAUCAGCUCCAGUGAGUAAGAGAAAGCCUGCCUGAUGCCAAUAUUUUAAGAAUGCCUGCAUUUACCCUUUAUCCCUCAUCUGCAUUUUACUUUUAUUCUUGGUUGAAUCUUUUCUAAGGAAAACAAUUUCCCUGUACAAACAUGA